AUGGCGACCGAAAUGCGGUCUUUCUACACACCUGCAACCUCAACGCACAUCUCGUCCCAUGGCCCAGCCGCAGUUGAUGAGCUGAUCAACAAAUACUCUUCUACUAUGGCUACAGCUACCUCUCCCUCGAGCACCCAUGCGAUCGGCAGAGCGCAGCGCAACAUCUUCCAGCGAGCCGUCGACCGCGUCCGUUUGGAGUACUACCGGUACGAGGUCACGUACGGCCUUUAUGUUAUGACUCCGGGCGAGAAGCUUGUCGCAAACACCUUUGUCAUCGUCUUCCUCGCUCUCCUGCUCUGGGCGACCCUCGUCUACUUCCCGGCUCUUCUCUACCAAAAGUUGUCGCGUCUCGUCUGGCUGUUGACCGGCCAGAGCGGCGAAGAAAUGGGGGCUGCGUUGGGGAUCCUGGAUGCGCACACUGCUUCAAUACAGUCUUUUGCUCCCGAAAAAGCAGCACUGUAA